AGCUAGAUAGAGGAUGUUAAUGUCACUGUAGGUCGCUAAGCAUCAACACUGGGAGUCAACUCACCUUCUCCGCACUGCCAAUCAGACGUAAGGGAGGGGUCAACAGACCUUUUACAGCAAUUUUUACUCUGCGCAUCAGCAUACCCGGAGACGACAUCUGAAGCAUCAGAUCAUCCCAUCAUCAACAAUUUAAUAUUCCAACACAGGCCAAUCAGACGUAAGGGAGGGGUGGAACACGCUUUAGAGCAAUUUUUACCCAGCAAGUCAACACAUCCGGAGAGGACGUCUGAGAGAAGCGUCAGAUCAUCCGAUCAUCAAAAACUGAAUAUUCCAACAAAGCUCAGGGACAGAAUGCGGUUCUUAUUGGUGCUGUUACUCCUGCUGCCUUCACCUCCCACAGCUGCAGGAAAACCAGAGGUGUUUUUCGCACAGAUGGGGGGCUCUGUAUCUCUUCCCAAUGAGGGCCACACAGAAAAGGAGAACGUAUAUGUGAGAUGGUACUUCUGUGUCAAUCAAGAAGAACAAAUACUGAUUUGGAAGCACCCCAAACAAGAUUCUCCCAGAAACGAAGCACCAGAAGGGUUUAAGCAGCGAGUGUCUCUUUCAAAAGAUUCCUCCCUCAUCAUUAAUCCUGUUCAAGAUACCGACUUCUUUGACAGGGGAUUCUUCAGAUGUGAACGGCAGGAUUACAAAGACAUGACUAAGAAGGAGUACAUACUGCACCGUGUGAAUCUGCCCCCUGCGCCGACCCUCCUGGCGGGUGAUGAUCUCUCUCUGUCCUGUCAGACGCAGCCUGGUGUGAUUGCCCCCUCUAUAAAGUGGAUCUCACCCAGAGGUGAACCUUACGGCAUGCAGAACUCACUGCGAGUGAAGAACAUCUCCUUCCAGCACAGCGGCGUCUGGACGUGUGAAGCUCAGUCUGAUCCCCCUAAAUUAAAAGCUACGACCGCAGUGACCGUCAUAGACCUCUCCCCUCCUCCACCUGACAGCGUGUACACCUCCCUCUCCUCCGGCUCUCCUCCCUGGCUCCCUUGCUCCUUGUCCUCUGUGAUCCCCUGGUCAGACGUACAAAACAAGGGCCUGCGGACGGGCAGCUGGAGCUUCACGCCACUGAACCUGACUCACCGGCCCAAACAGCAGCUCCUCCUGCAGCUCCAGCCCUCCAUAGCCUGGAAGAAGACAAACAACACUGGCACCCAAAACAAGCCCUCCCUCGAAGAGAGGGAGCUGAAACAGCACGACCUCUCAGCGAAGAUCCUGAAAGUGUCUCCGGACGUCAGGGGGACGUACACGUGCAGCCUGGAUUUCAGCCCCGGCAGAACGCUCAGCCGGACGCUGCAGCUGGAGGUGCUGGAAGUGCUCUCCUCCCCCAGCGCUGGCCCUCGGGGUGUGAUGGCGUGGACGGGCGAUACGGUGAACCUGACCUGCACUCUAGGCCACUCGCUGCCAUCCGGUGACCUGCAAGUGACAUGGAUCCGCCCAAAGUCGUCCAUGUUCUCUCUUGGCGACCCUCCUCAUUCUCCACAUCUGUCCAUCCGUUCAGUGACCAUGCAGGACAGCGGGCAGUGGAAAUGUGAACUGAAGAAGAACAUUACAACUCUGACAUCUAUUACAGUGACGCUGGAAAUCAAAAAACGAGUGGCCAUUUGGGUUUUCGUGGCCAUUGGCAGUGCUUUGGUCUUCAUCUUGCUCCUCACCAUCACUGUCUUCUUCAUCCGUAGACAUAAACAGGCCAAGAUGUUCAGGCGACGCAAGACCAAAUUCUGCUGCUGCAAAACUCCCCAGCCCAAAGGGUUCUACAAAACCUGAGGAACAUCUCUGCCCAGAAUGACCAGACCCACUGAAGUGUGAGGGAAUCUGGUCUCCUGUGCCUGAAUGAAGCUUGUUGAGCUGAGCUCGCUGCACUGAUGAGAAGAUGGAAGUAAAAUAUUUCAUAACAAGAAGUCCAUUUUGUAAAUAUGAGCUGGCGGUGAAUCCUGCAAAACUGAAAACGCACCUCUGCAGAGACUAUCAGCGCAGAAACUUGGUAUUUAGUGUAAUAUGAUUGUACAAUUACUCACUUUAGAAUGCUUUAAUGUUUAUAUUAAUGUUAUGUAUUGUGAUAAUGCGUUGAAUAUUGCUGUAUAAUCUCAUACACACUAUAUGACCAAAAGUAUGUUCCAAAUUAUUGAGUUCAAGUGUGUUAGCCACACUCAUUGCUAACAGGUGUAUAAAGUCAAGCACAUAGCCUUCCAGCCUCAAUAGACAAACACUGGCAGCAGAAUAGGUCGUACUGAAGAGCUCAGUGACUUUAAACGUGCCACAAGUCAAUUCAAGAAAUUCCUGCCCUGCUAGAUCUGCCCCAGACAACUGUAAGUGCUACCACUGUGAAAUGAAAGGAGAAACAACAGCUCAGCCAUGAAGUGGUAGACCACGCAAACUCACAGAGCUGGGUAACUUGAGUGCUGAAGCACACAGCGUGUACUAUUUGCCUGUCCUCUGUUGCAUUACUCACUAUGAAUUGUCUCCAAAAACAACAUCAGCACAAAAACUGUGCAUCAAGAGCGUGAAGUUUUCAUGGCCGAGUGUCGGCUGGAGUUGUGUAACUCCACUGGACUCUGUAGCAGUGGACACAUGCUGUCUGGAGUGAUGAAUCACGUUUUACUAUCUGGCAGUCUGAUGGACAAAUCUGGGUUUGGAGCCUGCCAAGAGAACGCCUCCUAACAGAGUGCCAACAGUAACGUUUGGUGGAGGAGGGAUAAUGGUCAAAGGCUGUUUUACAGGGUUUGGUCUUGGCUCUUUAGUUCCAGUAAAGGGUAAUAGUCAUGGUCAUGGUCUACUUUUGGGAUGCCCAACAAGCUCAAGUGUUCACAUACCUUUGGCUGUAUAGUUUGUAGUGUUAAUUUACAGAGUCUGGUGAAUGUGUGUUAAUGAGUGAAUGAAAUGAUAAUUGUGUAUUAUAACAUUUUCUUUCUUGUUGUAACAAGUCUUUUAGAAUUGACAUACUGUUUGUUAAGUCACUUUUAUGUGCUCACUGAAUAAAUCCAUAUAACAGAAUGUCUUGAAUUCAACAAUGAAAGUUAUAAAAUGAAUGUAUUUUAUGGUUAUGCAAUGUAAAAAGUGUGGAAAAAGUUAUUAGUUGAAUCUCAAACCUUUAGCGGAGAAUUUUUAUUUAGUCUUGGUAUUACCUGCAUGAACUGUGUUGUACAAAAGUAAACCUGAAUAAAAGUUGUUUUGA